CCUCUCUUAUCUAUCUUAUAAGCCUGAAAAAGCAUAAAAAUAAAAGUUCCAUUUUUAUUUUCCAUUUCCCUCUUCUUCCGUUUCAGGACAACAGCGUUAAAAAAGAUGCAGCGGGACCGUCUCAAGCCAAGGUCUAGGGUUUCAAACCAUGGAUUCUCCUGAAGGCAAUCGUAUCGUACCUACCUCAUCCUCUUCGCCCCCUAUUCAAGAUUCACCUUUCUCCAAUUUCCUUCGCACUCUGUCACCUAUAAAGUCAGUUAAGUCUAUUCAUGUUGCACAAGGAUUUUCAGAACUUAAUUUUCCUCCUCCACCUCCUGUGUUUACAUCUCCACGUAUAAACAAACAGCGAAGAGCAAGUUUCGUAAAAAGGCCCCAAUUUCCACACUCAUCUAAUGCAGAGCUCUCUCAGGCUGAUGAUAGUGACAAGAUGGUUGCAGGAGCUUCAGAUAUUUCCAGCAGGUCUCAGAAGGAAUGCGAUAGUAAGUGCUCCGUUCAAGUUCAGCCCUGCAGUCCUUCAGGAUGUGUUGAUGAAUUCCUGGCUGAUCCUGUGGACCCAGAGGACAGUGUGAAUUCCAUUGAUUCAGCCAAUUUAUGUUUGAAGCAAUCUAAUGGUGCACCUAAAGCACUAGAGAAUAGUUCCAGCUUGAAGGAAAGCAUAGAAAAAGUUAAUGAUAACAUAGAUAACAGGGAAGGCAUUGAUACUGAAGCGGUGGCUGCAUCCCUUACCUUGUUAGAAAAAGCUGAAGAGGAAGUGCCAGAAAAGUUGCUGUUACCUGAUAAUCCAGUUGAAUCUGAAGCUGAACAGCAAAAGGAUAGUGGGAGGCUUCCUGGUGAGUACCAAUGUGUAAUUUCUGAGAAAAUCAGUGCUCAUGGGGAGUCUGAUUUGUCCAUACAACAUGAUUCUGUUGCACAAAAUGACAAGAAUGUAGUGGUCCAAAUUGCUAAAGACUUAUCCUCUAUAAUUUCAAUGGAAGAGGAGCAUGGAGAUGCUGAUUUUGAUAAGAGACAAAGGUCUAAUCGCUCCAGAAAUCCUUGUCAACAUAGAUUAGAAGCUGUUACAUUGCAGAAUGCAGAAGGUGGGCAGCAGGAUGAAUGGGAUUGUACACCUCAAUUGUUGCCUGAAUCUCUGCAUAUUUCUCAGGCAUAUCAAGAUCAUGAUGAGAAGACAGGAUUAAUACUAAGUGUGUCUCUUGAAAGCAGGAUGCAAUGUGAUUUUGAGGAGGCCAGUCAGCAUCAACGGGGCACACUUAGGCGCUGUCUACAAUUUGAGACUGCAGAGGGUCGUAGAAAUAUUGUUGGGAGUUGUUGCGGUCAGAACCCAACAAAUAUGACUCCUGGUACUCCUACAGACUUGGGGGAUAUGGAUUUAUGUAAUCUUGGACCAAGUGCUGGUUCCAGUCCAAAGCAACCACUCGAUUUAUCUCAACCUGCCCCUUCAAAGUUGUCUCACUCCCCAGUUCAAAAUUCAGAAACUCGAGUUGAUAAGGUUGAUAAAUCUGUUCGAGAUUGUGGAAAUGCUGCCGUAACAGCUCUAGUGCCAACUGGUAUUGGCUUGCACUUAAAUAGCAUUGUCCAUGCUUCGGCAAGGGUAACUGGUGUAAGUGCAACCAUGAAAUUAGUGGAAAAGAGUUAUGUGAAUGUACAAGAGCAGAAGUCAUUUUGUGUUAUUAACCAUCAUUUCCAGGACGACUCAAAGAGUAGCCCACUUCCAUUGAGAAUGAUUGGAGAAAUUUCAUCAAAUAUUGAUGAUGAUCGGCAAGAAAGUCAGGCCACACUUCUGGCAACUUCUGCCUCCUCUCAGUUACCUGACAACAUGAAAGCUAUGAAAAAUUCUCAGCAGUUGAAACUCACGGAACACCACUCGAUCCCAAGUCAUAAAAGAAAAUCUGCCUCCGAAAGUGCUGACAUGUUCGAGGAGUUCAACCAACUGAGCCCCAAAAAGGGGAGGAAGAAAGCAUCAUACAACAACCAGAAUGAAGGUUGCAAACGUUGCAAUUGUAAGAGGUCAAAAUGCUUGAAACUUUAUUGUGAAUGCUUUGCGGCAGGAGUGUAUUGUGCUGAUCCAUGUGCAUGCCAGGAGUGCUUCAACAAGCCUGAAUAUGAAGACACAGUUCUUGGGACCCGUCAACAAAUUGAGACCCGCAAUCCACUUGCAUUUGCUCCAAAGAUUGUGCAGCGUGUCUCUGAGUCUUCAGCAAACAGUGGGGUAGAAGAGAGUAACCGGAUGACACCAUCUUCAGCAAGGCACAAAAGAGGAUGCAAUUGUAAGAGAUCAUUGUGUUUGAAAAAGUACUGCGAAUGCUUUCAGUCUGGUGUUGGAUGCUCUGAAGCUUGUCGAUGCGAAGGAUGUAAAAAUGUUUACGGUGUGAAGGAAGAAAUGAUGUACAAAAGGGCUGUUGAUGAAAGAUGGGAGGACCUGUCUAAUGAGAAGCUAGAUAUGGUGGAAGCGAGGAGUGACACUUCACAGUGGGAGCAUUCUCAUCCCCAAAGCCUGUCACCUCUCACACCAUCAUUUGACUGCUCUAACCAUGGAAAGAAUGUGCCCAAACCACGAGUACCUGCUAGAAGAUGUCUACCAUCCCCAGAAUCUGAUUCUUCUGCUUUAUCAUCCUAUGGCAAGUCUGCAAGGUCUCCAAACAAUAACUAUGAGACGCAACAAAAAACGAGUAAAGAAGUUUUAGAUAUUGUUCCUUAUGAUCAGGAUUUGGACUUCAUCAAGGCAGGAAGAGUUGAUCAAUUUUUGCCAAGAUGGGAUGGACAUGCUGACAUCUGCAAUCUCACUCCAUUGCCACAUCCUCCUUCAAGGGCUAUUGCCUCUUUGGCUUCAUCCAAUACCAGUGACCACAUAAAAGUUUCACGAGCCCCGUCAUCUCGUGGAAGUGGCCACUUAUCAUCAGUUAGUUCCCUUCGUUGGCAUAGCUCACCCAUCACUCCUAUGCCCCACUUGGGUGGUAGUAAUUUCACCUCAGAACUGGACUCUGAUAAUGGGCUAUAUGACAUCUUGGGAGAUGACACACCUGAGAUACUGAAGGAUACUGCUACUCCCAUCAAUGUUGUGAAAGCAAGUUCUCCGAAUAAGAAGAGAGUUUCUCCUCCACACAGUCGCUUGCACGAGGUGAAGUCAAAUUCUUCACUGGCUUUGAGAAGUGGCCGCAAGUUCAUAUUGCAGGCUGUACCUUCAUUCCCUCCGCUCUCUCCAGACAGUGAUCCUAAGAGUAGUAGUGGUGACAAGUGAUUGUUACAAUAAGAGACAAAGGUUAGUACCUAGUUUUCUUUAUUAUCAGGGUCUAUAUGUUACAUCCUUUUGACCUUUAAUUCACAGAGUUGCUGUUAUUUGACAGUACCCUGCUUUGUGGUGGCAUGUGGUUGAGACCAGAAAGAGCAGAAGCUGUGAUGAGGUGCUUGUUCUAAAUGAAUUGCACAGGUUUGGGCGGACCUUGACUUGUGAACUUUUU